UAUAUCAACCAAGAAGAAGACUGCCACCAGCAUCAGAUUUCUGUGUGAGAGUGAGAGAGAGAGAGAGAGAGAGAGAGGCACUCCUUUAGCAGAGAGAGAGAGAGAGAGAGUCCAGAGAGCUUUGGAGCAUUGAAAGAAGAAAGAAGAAUCGCUGCUGCUGCUGGCCAGAUUUCAACACUCCACAACCAAAAACAAAGUGAAUACUUUCCCUUGAAAAAAGUUAGAAAACCCAUGGCCAUGGACGGGAUAACGUUUGGACGCACCUCGCUCUUCUUGUGCACCUUGCUGCAGCUCUGGGCAUUCCAAGUUUGCAGCGGGGCUGUGACCGUGAAUGUGGCUCCUAAAGUGGAGGUGUUGAAAGGAGGGACUGCCCAACUGCCCUGCACUGCCUCUGUCACACCAGAAUCAAACAACACCGUUGUUGAGUGGUACAUUGAGGAGCAUGGAACCAGGAAGCGCGUUGUUUUCUCCCAGGGCGGCGAGAGAACAAGCGACGUAGACACCACUAUGACUGCACGGGUCACUUUCGGAGAUGACUUUACCUUGACCAUCUCCUCAGUUCAACCCUCCGAUGAGCUUGUCUUCGUCUGCCAGGCCAGCGCCGGCCUUGCCGGGGUUGGCGAGGGCUCCACUAUGCUCAAAGUCUUCUUUGCUCCGGAGAAGCCAGAAAUCACGAAGCCGUCAAGUCAGGCUAUUUCUGUCGGAGUGACUACCAGCUCUGAGAUUGGUUCCUGUAUGUCGAUGAACGGACAUCCCCAGCCAAGAAUUAUCUGGUUCAAAGAUGACCAGCCCCUACCUGAGGUCAAGGACAGGACAGAGAAGACAUAUAUGAAAUCCUCGGUGGUGAAAGAGGCCUCUGGUCUUUACACCAUCAAGAGCACCCUGUACAUGCAGCCCAAAAAGCCCGACAAGGACUCUGUGUUCCAGUGCAUGGUGGAGUACAGCAUGCCAGAAGACCAGAACAAACAGAAGAAGUCCAACACAUUCACCAUCAACCUCAACUAUCCCUCUGAGGAAGCGACCUUUACCCUACUCAACGCUGAUCCAGUCAAAGAGGGCGACACUGUUACCAUGAAGUGUGUGACUGAUGGAAACCCUCAGCCUGAAUUUGACUUCUCUAAGGACGGUGAAUUCCUCACUGCUCAGAGUGGUCUCCUGAAGCUGAAAUCUGUCAAGCGCACAGACAGCGGCGUGUACAUGUGCAAAGCCACAGAUUUUGAUAACCUGGAUGCUGACCUGAGUGGAACAAUCACCCUCACCGUCAACUACAUCGACCCAGUGAGCGUGGUCCCCGCCCAACCUCAGGUCGUCAUGCUUGGAGACAAGGUGGAGUGGCAGUGUAAGACCAAGGCCUCUGCUACGCACACUGUUCAGUGGAAAAAGGGCUCUGAGGUUCUCUCACAGGACGGCAUGCUGUCAAUACUAGACGUCUCCUAUGACAAAGCUGGAGAGUACAUGUGUGUCGGAGCCAUGCCAUCUGUGCCAGGACUGACAACCCGGACCAGUGUCAACCUCACUGUCAUAGGAAAGCCGAUGAUUGAGACUCCCGCCCUUGCAGAAGUGUCGAAGGAAGGAGACAUGGUGACUCUGAGGUGCGCAGCCUACGGCUCUCCUUCCCCUCAGUUCACCUGGAAGCCCACAGGAAAAGAGUCGGUAGCAUUGCACGGUAACAAGUGGGUGAGCUCCGUGACCCUACCAGCCACCGCCGAGAUCAUGAAUGACGGGGCUACCUGCGAGGUCUCCAACGAACAUGGAACAGAUAGCAAGAGAGUCCUGGUAUCUCUCAAAAGAGCAAUUGACAACUCGGCCGACAGAGUGCUGCUCUCUGGAAACCCUGUGCUUAAGUCAGCUGACAAGCAGCAGGGAGGCUCCAGCGGGGUGGUGAUAGCCGUGGUGGUGUGUGUCCUGCUGCUCCUGCUGCUGGUGGCUCUCAUCUACUUCCUGAACAAGAAGAGCAAGCUGCCCUGCAGCAAGAAGGACAAGAAGGAAGUGGCCAGUGGAGAGGUAAACAACGACAUCGUGGUGGAGAUGAAGACAGACAAGGCCAACGAAGAGGCCGGUCUCCUCAACAAGAGACCGUCUACAGAACAGUGAUGAAACGAGACAAUGAAAGUGACCAACGGAGGGACGAAGGGAAGGAGGAGAUCAGUCAUGAAGAGAACAGGGCUCAUUUUUAUUCACUACACAAGACUGUGGGGGAAACAAGAGGUGGAAUAUGGACAUGGGUUUGUUUUGGGGACCUUGGGAGGCACACCGUUGGUUAUGCUUGUUUUAUAAUCUGGAGUAGACCUCUUUGGAUGGAGUUUCUCCUCUUUUUUUUUUUUUUUUUUAGAGACUCCAUCCAUAUAUGCUACCACAGGUUUAAAACCAUACAUGUGACAUCACUGGAUGACAUUAUUAUCAUGGCUUCUUUUGAUUUUUCCUCACCAAUCACACCUCUGGUCGACUCCUCUGCAGAGUAGAGCUGAACAGCGAGGGCGUGGCCGACACAGUCCAAACACAGUGGCACAAUCUUUCUUAUCUACCCCAAAUGAAACACAAAAUGCCAUUAAGCCACUGUGAUUGUUUCUGGAGCGCGUGUCUGCAUGCGAAUGUAACACUGAACGCCUAUUCUGCCCUGGAGUCUGCACUUAAAUUCUGCUCUCUCUCUGCUGGGUAUAUUGGGAAAAGUUAUCGUGGGUUCUGUUUUUAUUCACCUCAAUAACAAGUGAUGAUUUAUUCUCACAACAUUUAAUCCCUCAGCCCACACACGGCUGUAACAUUUCCGCUCAAAGAAGCUCUGUGUUUGCUUUAGUGCUGUUUGUUUAAUUGCAUUUUUGCCACCUGUGAAUGUUUGUGUGUUUUUUUCCCCUCCAAUAUCCCUAAUUAGCUUUCCGUAGAAGCAGCCCAGGCAUUUAAUAACGCCAAUGCUUUCUCUUAAAUUGCUCGCCUUUUAAAAAUCCAGUUACAAAGCCACCAAACAAGCAAGCUAUUAGGUUGUACAAAUUUGUUCUUGCCAUUGCCCGCAUACUUGUAUAUUAUGUUAGUACAUCAAUUGUUCACUUAGCUCUCCUGUUUUCUCUGUAAAUUCAAAUACUACUAUUACCCUGUAUAUUAAGCAGGAGGUGAACUGUGCAUGAUUUGGAAGUUCAAAGUGUCUAUGAUGACUAAGCCGCUGGCCCGGGACCGUAAUUGCUACCAUUUCUGCUCAAUUAUCAUCAGCUUUCACUGUAAAAUUGGUGGAAUUUGGCGAAAUGGUCGACAAUCUCAAACUGUGGCCUGCCGUGUUGUCGUUUUUCCCCCCGUGACAACAAAAUGGGACUGUCAGGGGGCUGCGGCGCUGUAGUCACAGAUUCACCUGUUAGGAGAAAUCACUGGCGCAGGGUCACUCUAGUUGGAUACGAGCGGGGAAGGGAAGGGAAGGGGAGGGGAGGGUGUGGGAGGGAUGGCGGGUUGUUGCUGGAGUAUGUGAUGUACCUUUUAUUUUUACCAAAUGGAGGAGUUUUUGAGUGUCACAGCAGGAGUGUUUCUAUGUUUAGGUACUGGCAUUUCUGUUCCUCCCCUACACUGUCGGCAGGCCAUAGAGGUUUGAUAGCGGGUUGACGUGCCCUUUUUACUUUGUUGUACACUGGAACCAAUGGCCUUGAUCUUUAAAAGAAUGCCACCUCAAACCACUGUCGUUUUUAUUUUGUAAUGUCUGCCUACUGAUCUUGCCAUGUUGACUGUUAGCAAACCUGUGAUGGCAGGCGAAGAUAGAUAUCUUUUUUUAUUUUUUAAUGUUUUAUAUAAAAAUAUUGUGGUAUAAAAACUUGUUUUUUUUAGAAAGGGGGAUUCUUCAUUUUGGAACUACUGAGUUUUCAUUUUUCCCAUGCUUUUCCACUCGCUCUGAGAGAAGAGAGAAAUGUGUUUUUUUUUUAUUUAGGAGAUAUUCUCAGUGCUUUACUUCUCUCUCUCUCUCUCUCUCUCUGUACUGUAUACUGUAUAUUUUGUGGUACGCUGUUGUGACCUCUGUGGUGUGUUGAUGUAUCUUUUUAUUUUGUUCCAGCUGUGUAGAAUUUAUAAUGAAACAAAACCCAAGAAAACAAAUCACAACACUGUAUUCUUCUGUGUUUUUAUUCCCAUCUCUGCAACAGGCAAUUUGCAAAAGCUGUUGUUUGUAUUGUUUUUUUUAUCACAAAUGGGACUAAAUGAGUUUUGAACUUCA